CUCUCUCUCUCUCUCGCUCAAACGAUCGUGUUGCGUUGUUGCGUUCUCUCUGUGUGCGUCGGAAUUCGAAGCCCAAUUCAAAUUUGUUGCUCUCUCUCUCUCUCUCUCUCUCGCUUGAUCUCUCUCUGAGCAGAAAUUGGAAGCUCGAUUCAAAUUUGGGGACGAAUACAUCCUGUUCUCUGAGCAGAAAGUCGACGACUUGUUCCCAGUUCCAGGUUCAGUUCUUGCCUUUUCUUCUGUUUUAUUUCUCGGUAUCGUUAAUUUCUGUCUGUCUAGCACUGUAACAAGAAACCCUAAUCCCCAAAUCCCGUAUAAUCAAUUCAGUCGCACUCUUCGCUGAUCUUCUUUAUUAGCCCUUGUGUUUGGAAAGUGUUGCUUUUUCUUCUUCCACAUUACCCACUUAGGUUUUUGGUUUUCGCAGAAAGCACACCGCUUUCGUCUGUUUGUCUUGUGUUUCGUGAAGAAAUUGGAAAUUGGAGAUGAGGGGUCAAGAUUUGAGGCCCACUGUCUCUUCUCUCAAGCGUCCGCGUUUCCCUGAUUCCGAUUCCGAUGAUGCUGUUCCGGUUUUGGGUGAUACGGUCAAGAGGCAGAGGACUCAUGAUUCGGAUGAUGAUCUUUUGGUAAUGGAGGACUCGAUUAGGGAGCUUGAUGAUCUACUUCAUCACGAGGGGUCCUCAAGCAGCACCACCGAAGCAAAUGAUUGCUUGGAUGAUGAUCUGUUAAGAUCCUUAAUUGACGAGUUUGAGCUUCUGCCUGAUUCUGCUGUUGCGGCCUCUGCUGCAGACGAGGCUGCCGUUGUGCCUCGGCUGACUACUCAUCUCGGUCAUCAUCAUCACGAGAUUGAGGAGGGGCCAAGAACCGCGGAUGAAAGAGAGUUGGAUGAUGAGGAGGACUUAAUCACUGAAUUGUUUAAUCAUAUUGGAGGAGAGGAUGAAGAAGACCCAAAUCAAGAUCAUGUACAUCAAGCUACUGAGCCUGAUCACACUACUCUGCUCAUCACCAUCAUCCCGUUCCCUCCUUUUCAAAUCAUUAUUUUGCCAGUUGUGGUUGGAAACAUAGGAAGGCCACGGGCCUCGGUUCUCCAUUUUCUCUUGAUUUGCUUGCUCACCAUCAUCAUCAUCUAGAAGCGGAGCAGGAGGAAGAACACUUUACACAGAGUAUACACGCCUUGCCUGAAUCAAGUUGUCAAGCUAUUAGCGUCAGCCCUUGUUUUUAUACUACUGGAAAUGUGAUGCCCUUUCCCACUCAUAUUUCAGAUCAUGAAUAUGUGCCACUGAUGAGUGCUGUUCCUUCUUCUCUGAUAUUCUUGGGCGGCAGGGAAUAUCCUUUAGAUGGUGAAGCAGUGCGUGGAGACAUUAAAGAAUGGUUGACAACGCUUGAAGGUAAAUUGCCCCAGGAGUGGCCUCAAAUUGACGAAUUCAGCCAACUGUUAGAUGGGUUCAAUUACUGGACAGACUGUUUGUGGAUGAGCGAUUCUGCGAAUGAUCAAUAGAGGGACGUAGUGGUGACAGCAGCUGUCUAAUUUCCAUGGCGUGCAUAUAGAAGCACAUUCUUUAUUUCUCUAACUCCGCCUGUGUAAGUUUAUCUUACGCUGCCGGUCCCAAGCCCUGAUAAAGGAGGAGGGGGAGGGCGUCAGGUAGUCAACAACCGGCACUUCGUUUUCACAUCGAUUCCCUAUGAGUUCUUUAAUUUCUCUGCUCAACAGGAUGGUCGGGAUUCUAAAAAAUGAA